GACAGCGAAGAAAAAGAAAACAAACAAUGCCAAUGCCCUUAUUUAUUAUAAGUACAGAGAAAGAUAAUGCAAAGAAGAGGGAAACUUCAAUCUUCUUCUUCUUCUGCAUUUUUUUUUCUCCAUUGAAUUUCUCUUUCCUUCUUAAUUGAAUUGGUUGUAUAUCCACAAACCAUCACGGACCCAAUCUGUCCGAAUUGCUUUUUCUAUAUUCAAUUUUGAUUCUUGAUUUGUUUCUCUUUUCACUCUUUCAUAAAUUCUCAUUCUUUCUCUCUCUGGACCUGAUACUUUCAUUCAUUCCGUUACCGGAAAUAGUCAAUUCUCCGGCGAGGCCAAAUGCCACCGGAGUUUUUGACUUCGGUAUUGGUGUGUACCCAUUUGUUUUGAGGAACAGAGGAGUGGAGAGAUGUCAGUCUACGACGCUGCGUUUGUGAAUACGGAGCUGUCCAAGCCGACGUCGAUUUUUGGACUACGAUUGUGGGUAGUGAUUGGGAUCUUACUUGGUUCACUCAUAGUCCUUACUCUGUUUCUGCUUUCCCUCUGCCUCACCUCCCGCCGCAAAUCUCGUCGGCCGUACCGCUUGGAUCCUACUCCACCAAUCUCUAAGGAGAUCCAGGAGAUCGUCCAUCACCCUCCCGCACCCGAUCAGUACCAACAUGUGGCGCCACCGGUUCCGGAGAUUCAGGUGGAUAUAGGGAAGGUGGAACACAGGGUGGUGUUCUCCAGUGGGGAGAGUAGAGGGGCGGCGAGUGCUAGUCUGAGUGAGACGGCGUCGUUUGGGAGCGGUAGCGUCGGGCCUGAGGUCUCCCAUCUUGGGUGGGGAAGAUGGUAUACUCUGAGGGAGCUAGAGGCAGCUACAAAUGGUUUGUGUGCGGAGAAUGUGAUUGGGGAAGGUGGCUAUGGAAUUGUAUAUCGUGGGAUUCUGAGUGAUGGGACUAAAGUUGCCGUCAAGAAUUUGUUGAAUAACAGGGGUCAGGCUGAGAAGGAAUUUAAGGUGGAGGUGGAAGCAAUUGGCCGUGUACGGCACAAGAAUCUUGUAAGGUUGCUAGGAUACUGUGUUGAAGGUGCAUACAGGAUGCUUGUGUAUGAGUAUGUUGACAAUGGCAAUUUGGAACAGUGGCUCCACGGGGAUGUUGGGGAUGUCAGUCCUCUAACAUGGGAGAUUCGUAUGAAUAUCAUAUUGGGAAUGGCAAAAGGCUUGGCAUACCUUCAUGAGGGUCUUGAACCAAAGGUUGUUCAUCGAGAUGUAAAAUCUAGCAACAUACUACUUGACCGACAAUGGCACCCCAAGGUUUCUGAUUUUGGGCUUGCAAAACUCUUGUGUUCUGAGAGAAGCUAUGUGACAACUCGUGUAAUGGGAACUUUCGGAUAUGUUGCACCAGAAUAUGCUUGCACUGGAAUGCUGAAUGAGAAGAGUGAUGUCUAUAGCUUUGGUAUUCUAAUAAUGGAAAUAAUAACCGGUAGAAGCCCUGUUGAUUAUAGCCGACCUCAGGGAGAGGUGAAUUUGGUGGAUUGGCUAAAAACCAUGGUUGGAAAUCGAAAAGCUGAAGAAGUAGUUGAUCCUAAGCUGCCUGAAAUGCCAGCUUCAAAAGCACUUAAACGUGUUUUAUUGGUUGCCCUUCGCUGUGUUGAUCCUGAUGCUACAAAGAGGCCCAAGAUGGGGCAUGUUAUCCACAUGCUUGAGGCAGAUGAUCUGUUAUUUCAUGAUGAACGUCGGGUUGCUAGAGAGGCUUCCCAUUCACAUUGUGGCAAUCAACAAUCAAGUCAUACCACUGCAAAAUUAGGUGAUAGACAAUUUGUUGAUGGGGCAUCUGCUUCAGAUACCAGUGAAUAUGACGGUGGAAUGAGUCAUCACCAGCCAACCAGAUGGAGAUAAUGCUUUCAGAUAUAGGUGACUAACAAUCCAAAUCCUAUCCAAGCUUUCGAAGUUUUUCUUCUUUACUUAUAUUAGUUUCUCAGUAUUUGGAUUGCUACUAUAAUUGUCAAGAAACAAUAACCUGCAUAUCUUUUGCGCUUUGUUUGCAUAUUCUUUUUAGAUGUUCAUCAAAUCAAAUUGGCAGGCAUAU